AUGCUGCUGAGAAACCACUCAAGGGAGCAGAUGGAUGAAUCUAUUAUCUGUGGGAAAGGAUACAGGGAUCCCACAGCCCAUCACAUAACCCCUAAGGAAGACAAACGCUAUGAAUGCCUCGGUUAUGGAAAGGGAUUCAUUCUGAGACCACAGUUUGUUUCACCUCAGACAAUUCAUACUGGAGAGAAAUUACUUCAACGCUCGGACCGUGGGGAAAGCUUCAAUAACCGCUCAGAUCUUAAUAACCAUGGGAGAAGCCACACAGGAGAGAAACCCACUCAGUGCCUUGACGGCAGGAAUUGUUUGAAUUGGAAGUCAACAUUGAUUACACAUCAGGCAAUCCACACUGGAGAGAGACCCCAUAAAUGCUUAAUCUGUGGGAAAAGUUUCGUAUGGAGGUCAGCCCUUGUCCAACAUCAGGCAAUCCACACUGGAGUGAGACCCCACAAAUGCUUAGACUGUGGGAAAUGUUUCCUACAGAGGUCAACCCUACUUCGUCAUCAGAGAAAACAUACAGGAGAGAGACCGCAUAAGUGCUUAGAGUGUGGGAAACAUUUCGUAGAGAGGUCAGGCCUUGCUAAACAUCAGAUAAUUCAUACAGGAGAGAAAUCCCAUAAGUGUUUGGACUGUGGGAAAAGUUUCACACAAAAAUCAAAUCUUAUGGAACAUCAGAGAAUACACACCGGAGACAGACCCCAUAAGUGCUUAGACUGUGGGAAAAGUUUCAUACAGAGGUCCGCCCUUGUCAAACAUCAGGCAAUCCACACUGGAGAGAGACCGCAUAAGUGCUUAAUCUGUGAAAAAAGUUUUAUACAGAAAUCAACCCUUCUUAUUCAUCAGGCAAUCCACACUGGAGAGAGACCCCACAAGUGCUUAGACUGUGGGAAAAGUUUUAUACAGAGAUCAGCUCUUCUUAUUCAUCAGGCAAUCCACACUGGAGAGAGACCCCAUAAGUGCUUAAUCUGUGGGACAGGUUUCAUACGGAGGUCAGACCUUGUUAAACAUGAGGAAAUCCACACUGGAGAGAGACCCCAUAAGUGCUUAGACUGUGGAAAAAGUUUUGUACGGAGGUCAAACCUUCUUGUACAUCAAAAAAUCCACACUGGAGAGAGACCCCAUCAGUGCUUAGACUGUGGAAAAAGUUUCAUACGGAGGUCUGACCUUGUUAAACAUCAAGCAAUCCAUACAAGAGGGACCAUUCCAAGAAAUAGAGACUAGAACUUUGAAAUGUAACCUGGUAUUGUUAAGUAAUUGAAAGAAGAUAGUAGUGCUGUUGAUUAAUUGCAAUUAACUUGCAUGAUUAACUCAAAAAAUUCAUUGUGGUUAAAAAUAUUAAUCUUGAUGAAUCACAUAGUUAAACAAUAGAAUAGAUUUUGGAAUUUGUUUAAUGUUUUCAGAUGGUUUUUCAAUGUUUUCAUAUCUAUUGAUUUCUAUCACAACAAAGAAUAGAAAGUGUACAGUGCACACUUUAUAUUAUUUUUGUUACAAAUAUUUGUACUGUAAACAUUCAAAACAAAAA